ACUCCAGGUCAACUCGAAUUUGCCUUUUCAAUAUUUGUGCUUCGCUUAACACAGUUAACGCUCCCCCAGUGUUUUUGUCUUUCCGAUCCCACCCACAAUUGGCUUCCAGUUACGCAAAAGAAAGUGAGAGAUGGUUGAUGAUCAAGCCUUGGGAUUCAUUGCCAACUAUCUGGGCAUCUUCAUUUUUGCUUUGGUUAUAGCAUAUCACAUGGUCACAACUCACCCCAAAUAUGAAGCCAGCUAGAAGAUACUUCCAAUUUUUCUUAUGUAUUCCAGACACAAUUUUGAUGGAUUCAAUUUUGUUGAUUGAUUUGUAGGUCAUUUUGUGUGUGUGACUUAAUAUUGAU